ACUAAGGCGACUGACUUCUUGGUCAGUCUCUCUGUUACUCAGACUCAGUCAUGUCUAACAACAGCGCCGCCAACAGCAGCUUAGCCAUCGCCCAGAAGACGGUGAAGCAGCUUCGUCUGGAGGCCAGUGUCCGCCGGAUAAAGGUUUCUCAGGCUGCUGCAGAACUGAAGACCUUCUGUUUGCAAAAUGCCCACAAAGACCCUCUCCUCACCGGGGUGCCCUCCAGCGAUAACCCGUUCAGGCCUCCCAAGUCAUGUGUCCUCCUCUGAGAUCUGUGAAGGAGUGUAAGACACUCAAACGGACGGCCUGAUGGUUCCAAUUUGGAGUUCUGUCAUGUGCCCCGCCUCUGCCUCUGAAGAGAAAGAAGCCAAGACCACACACAUGUACUAUGGUAGCUUUACACAACAGGCCUUAAUGCCAUUUCUGUUUUUAUGACCAGAUCCAAUAGUAUGACCACCUGUUAACACCUUGUGUUGACAUUAGAUCUGCACUUUUUACACUGGUUGUUAUUGGAUAGAAAAAAAAAAAAACCUCCCUGGAGUUUAUGACAAGAUGGUGAAAAAAAUCCCAUGAAAGUCACAUUGGCAGAUUCCCAUCUGAUCUGUUUCUUUUUAUGAACACCGCCCAAAGGAGGUCCAAAAAAAAUGGUGUUGUUUUAUUUUUUCUUCUGUACGUUUAUAUAGCGCAUAUCUAAUCUGUAGCAUGUGUGGGCAAGAACACAAACAGACAGAAGUAUUUUUCCUCCACUGUAUAUGGAUUUUACAACUUUUACAACUGCUGUUUUUAAGCUAUUCAUUCCCGUAAUUUAUUUAACAUCAGCAACAAUUUCAUGUGUUCUCGGCAGGCAAAUGUGAGUUAGAAACAUUUGGCCGAGAAACAGAAAGGAAGAAUACAGGUUCAGAAAUCUCCUUCAUUUUGUGUGAACUGUUAUUAUCCUCCAUUAAAAGUCACCGUGUGUUUGUUUUUUUCAUUUGUCUGUGAAGCUUCACCUAGCACGAAUUUCUCAUUCUAGUUUUUCAAGUAGCAGCAGUAUUAAUUAUCCCAAAGUUCACCGACAAGAAAAACAUAUCAGAGGAAUUGUGUAACAAUAUGUUUCUGACCUGGUGAAAUAAGAUCAUAUAAAUUUGUGUCUUUAGUUGAAAAGUCAGUGCCUUUCAGCGCUCCGUCUGUCACAUAAACAUGGCAGCAUACUUAAAACUUUACAAGAGCUGGAAAGCUGCACUUUCAGCUGGCAGACCGACGCUUCCAAGUGACAAAAUCUUGACGCUGCCUGUGUUCUUUGAGUGGAAUAAAACAUGAAAAAGAUAUGCAGUUAGUGACACCAUGGCCACUGCCUCGAAAACGGACAGUUAGGAGGAGGAACGCCUGAAAGAGACUGAGAGUAAGAAAUUAAAUAGGAUAUUUUGUUGCUCGGAAAACCUGUAGUCUUGUUACAAUUGAAAACACAGAAUAUAAUAUAAAAAAAAUUCUGAAAAUGUUCUACAAGGAAUACGAUUUUCUCUGUAGUGUCAUCAAAACUGUCAAUUGUUGACCCAAAUAUGUCAUAUUUGUGCUACUAUCAUUUUAACAUAUUAAAUCAUUGUUUUGACAUCUCCA